AUGGCGGACUCGGUGGAGCUGCGGUGGCCGGAGGCCGACCGGAGGCUCACGCCAAAGCCGCUGCAGAGCCGAUAUACAUCUCUCUUCCUUGCCUUCAUUUGCUCAUUCCCGUACGCCCAGCUGCAAUACCAGCAGCUUGCACAGGCCAUCACCUACAUCACCUAUACUAUGACUGCGUCCCGUGCGAGACUUCUACGUCAGCUCUACCCUUACAAGCACCCAUCCACCUCUGUCGACCAUCUUGUAGUGGGUGGCGGGGUUGUCGGCCUGAGUGUGGCUGCGGCUCUAGUAAACCAGACUGGGAGGGACAGGACCACGUUCGUGGUUGAACGACAUGGGCAGUUGGGCCAAGAAACGACAGCUCGAAACUCGGAAGUUAUUCACUCUGGUAUAUACUAUCCAGUAGGGAGUUUGAAGUCGCGACUGUGUAUCGCUGGGCGAGACCUGCUCUACAACAGAUGCCAGCGCCUUCAGAUUGGAUACAAGAACACUGGGAAGAUUGUAGUCGCGACUGCAAAGGACCAGGUUCCUUAUCUUCAUAAGCUUCAAGCCCAUUCGGCUCACUCAUCGUUUCUUUCCGACCCAUCCGAUAAUACGUCUUCGAGAAUUUACGCGGAAUUUCUCCCCGGUGAUGAAGCUCGGAAUCUUGAGCCUGAUCUAUCGUCCAAAGUGUGCGCAGCGCUUCACAUACCUUCUACUGGUAUCGUGGAUUCGCAAGGCCUGGUCGAUAGCUUGGAGUUGGAAGUGGAGGACCCUGACUACAACUCGUCUCCAUCUGGAGAGCGACGAGGUGAGGGCGUGAUAGUCAAAGGGACGAGAGUGGUGAGGAUAGAUAGGGAAGAGAAGGGCGAAGGGUGGGUGGUGCAGAUGGAAACCGGCUGGGAAGAUCUGGGAGAGGGUGAAAAGGGGGAGGUGGAAAGUGUGAGGGCUGGGGUCGUCAUUAACGCUGCUGGUUUGAACUCGGUGAGCUUAUGCGAAGGUGUGGUUCCGGAGGACGAGAUGGUUCAGCUGUGGCCUGUCAAAGGAAAUUACAUGUCGUACAAGGGGCCGGGAAUUGGCAAAGUAUCGAGACUCAUCUACCCUUGUCCCAGCGCCAAUGUGGACCAUUUGGGUACCCACCUGACACUUGAUCUUGAUGGCCAUGUCAGGUUCGGACCAGAUGUCCAGACAAUUGGUACAGCGGCCGAUGCAAAAGCCAACCCGGAUUUCUGGCAAUCCCAUCUGGCCGCUAUCGACACUCCUGAGGCAAUGUCUCUGUUCGCUCGUUCUGUUUCAGACUACCUCUCCAUCGAUCCCAGCGGAUUAAGCCCAGACUAUUCUGGAAUCAGACCCAACAUCGCCCCUCCGGGAGCAGGAUUCUCCGACUUUCUGAUCAGACACGGAGAGGACAGAAAGGGCUUCGUUGAACUUCUCGGAUUCAACAGCCCUGGUUUGACGAGCAGCUUGGCUGUAGGGGAGUACGUGGCGAAGAUGAUCAGCAGGGACGUUUAUAGAAGCAAAAGCGAGUAG